CUCCACCAGGAAGUCUCCACGGCGGCGCCUGAGCCUCGGCUGCUGGUAUGAUGCACGCUUUGUCCGCCCGGGGGGAACCGCGUCUGAUAUUUUGAGGCGAAAUGACAGUGCAGCGGCGGGGAAACACCAAAGGUCCGGACGCAAACGGAAUAGAGAAGAAGAUCAAAAGAGGUAAUGCCCUGCGGCAGGCGUCUGCAUGGAGGGGCUCCCGAGGGCCCCUGCUCUUGCUGCUGGGGGCCGCGGCCCUGUGUGGAGCGGCCGGCUGGCUGUACGUCUCCUCGUGGGACGGUGAGAUCACGGAGACGCUCGUCAGCCGGGGGGAGCUGGUCACCCCCAAGCCCAGGGUCUACACCGUCCAGUGCUCUGAGGACUACGAAAACUACAAGCGCUACCCAGGAUGCACUCCUCAGAGGUGUGGGCGCGCAGUCACAGACAGUGUGGUGACCAGGGAGGAAGCGCAGGCCCUCAGGAGGCUGGCUGAGAGGGGGCUGGCACUGGCCGGGUCAGAAGGAGGAGCCUCCAUACUGGACCUGCACUCCGGGGCGCUGUCGAUGGGGAAGCAGUUUGUUAACAUCUACAGGUACUUUGGGGACCAGAUCAGCGAGGUGUUCACUCAAGAGGAUUUCCAGCUUUACAGGGAUGUGCGUGGCCGUAUCCAGGCGGUGAUUGCUGAGACGUUUGGCUUGGACCCGUCUCUGAUGUACCUCACUAAGCCCACCUUCUUCUCCAGAAUCAACAGCACGGCAGCCAAGACCCAACACGACGAGUACUGGCACCCACACAUAGACAAGGUGACUUACGGCUCUUUCGACUACACCUCUCUCCUGUACCUGUCGGACUACGGCUCUGACUUCACCGGUGGGAGAUUCAUCUUCAUGGACCCAAAUGGCAAUCGGACGGUGGAACCACGGGCAGGACGAGUCUCCUUCUUCUCCUCCGGCUCAGAGAACCUCCAUCGCGUGGAGAAGGUGACGUGGGGGACGCGCUACGCCAUCACCGUGUCCUUCACCUGCGACCCGGCCCACGGCAUCUCUGACCCCGACCUGCCCUGAGCCGCCCCCGUGGGUGACGGCGCCGCCUGCUGGCCCGGACAAGCCCUGCAACACAGAGCGGAAAAGACAAAGACAAAGAGAGAGAGAGAGAGAGAGAGAGAAGGGAGGUGUGAGCAGCUGAAUCAAGGCCUCUCAUUCCACGCCUUGACCGUCUCCAUACUGAAUCAACUUCUGUUUGUUUUUGUUUGUUUUUUUAUAUAUAGGUUUUAUUAGCGGCGGCGGUAGAGCUGCACAGUCCCAAUUUUUUUCCCAUUCUGCUGCUGCCUCUUCUCAUUGAUCGUGUUACAGGACAGGGCCACCUACCUGCUCCCUCUCUUUCGUAAGGGUGCUGUCCUAUUUAUCACCGCUCCAUUUUUGUACACCAAUUGCUUUUUUUUUUUUUUAACACCUCCUUAAUGACUAGAAUUUGGGUGUUGUGGGCCUGCACAGGUUACCGUAAUCUGUUCUUUGAUGUGAUCUUUUUAAGGACGGCUAAGCAGAAAUUGCCUCCUCGAGACAAAAACAGCUUGAAAGAGGCUGUGGGGCUUUUUUUUUUUUUUUUUUUCCUGGUGUUAUUUUUUUAAGGGAAGGUGUCCAUCCCCUCUUGAAUUACCUACUUUAUCAGCCCUCCAGCCCAAAAUCCCCACUCAAUCUGGCACCCGGAUCCGCACCCAUGACCCAGGAGGCGUUUUCUUCUGAGAAGAACCCUCUCCUUGUCCAAGAGGGGUUGAACUUCCCACCAGUAUGCUACCAUUUACUGGAAGAAGGCCGGUGAGUGGUUUUAAAGAAAAAAACGAAGGGGACCAAAACAGGAAAAGGCCGUGUCUCAUUGUGUCUUCCUCGAGAAAUGCCAUUUAUAUCGUUUUACCGUUUUCUUGUCUCGCCUGUUAUGCAGAACGUACCGCUCAUGAAAUCACAAUGUUUCAGUGUUUACGUUGAUAUCGAAUUUUCAUUAAACCAACAAAUAAAAUCCAA